AUGGGCAAUGCAACUGCAAGCGUGGCCGCAAAAUUCGCGUUUUUCCCGCCAAACCCACCAACGUACGGAGUUUCGAGGAAGCAAGAUGGGAAGGUGGUGAUUUCGGGAGUGACCGUGGACAAGAACUUUGAUGUUCAUGUUCUUGAGACAAAGGGUGGGAACAAUAUCGUUGCCAUGUUCUGGAAACACCCUUUUCCGAGGUUCACGUUUCUCUAUUCGCAUGGCAAUGCCGCUGACUUGGGUCAGAUGCAAGAACUUCUCCUUGAGCUCAGGGCUCAUCUUCGUGUCAAUAUCAUGAGCUAUGACUAUUCAGGAUAUGGAGGGUCCACAGGUAAGCCAAGUGAGUUCAACACAUAUUAUGACAUAGAGGCCGUGUAUGAUUGUUUGACGAGUGAGCAUGGAAUUAAGCCAGAAGAUUUGAUUUUGUACGGUCAAUCAGUUGGUAGUGGGCCUACUAUACACUUGGCUUGUAAGCUACAAAAUUUGAGAGGUGUUGUUCUUCACAGUGCCAUCCUUUCAGGGAUAAGGGUCUUGUAUCCUGUCAAGAUGACAUUUUGGUUUGACAUAUUCAAAAAUAUAGACAAAAUAAGACAUGUUGACUGUCCAGUCUUAGUUAUACAUGGAACUAAUGAUGACAUUGUUAAUUGGUCUCAUGGAAAACGAUUGUGGGAACUUUCCAAGGAAAAAUACGACCCUUUGUGGAUUAAGGGUGGGGGCCAUUGCAACCUUGAGACAUUCCCUGAGUACAUUAAGCACUUGCGCACAUUCCUAAAUGCCAUGGAGAAAUUCAUAAUCACAGGAGAGACAAGCAAACAACUCACUCAAAAUCCUAGUAUAACUCAUGAAUCAAAACAUAACAAAUGUCUUAGAUUUGGUAAAAGAUAG